UGAGUUAGUCCGUCAAGCGGCACGCAGGAGAUUUACCGUUUGGUUGGCAAUCAGUUCUCCGGAGUGCAACGUUUCAAUUGGUUUAGUGUUCUCACGCGGUGAGGUGAUUGAUAAAACUAUAGUUUUGUGACGUUGUCCGUAAACGUUACUGUUGUUUACGGAAGUGUACACUCUACUUUAGUUGUGAUAAUAGGCCGGGAGCAUGAGUUCCGAGGAAGAGGAAUUUGGAUUUGAGACGUCGGAUUUCUUCAGCGAAGAAUUUAUGACGAAUUCCUCAUUGGCUAUGGAUGCUUGCUUCACUGCGUUUGAUAAGGAUGGCGACGAUCGUCUGUCGUUGGCCGAGUUUACGCUGAUCUGCCGUGCGCUGUUUCGGAAUGACAAAGGCCACAUCUACGUCGUGCCCUCCGAUCGGCUGGAGGAGAUGUUCGCCGUUUUCGACAAGAAUGAGGACGGUUAUAUCGACCGAGACGAAUUUCAGUUCUGCUGGAAUCAGUGGAUUAAAACGAUCGUACGGCCAGUCAGUGCAUUCCUCAUUGUGGAUGUGCAAAACGACUUCAUUAGUGGCUCGCUUAACAUCAGCAACUGCAGCGCUCAACAGAAUGGAUUGGAGGUAAUUGACCCGAUAAACAAACUCCUGGAUACGGUGGACUUCGAUUCCGUGUUCUACUCGCUCGAUUGGCACCCGAGCGAUCACGUUUCGUUCAUCGACAACAUCAAACAGCGGCCCAUCCAUCCAACCAGUCCGCUAAAUGCCGACAAUGCACAGGUGUACGAUACGGUUAUCUUCGCCGGUCCACCACCGAUGAAGCAGCGUCUGUGGCCACGACAUUGCGUUCAGGAUUCCUGGGGUUCCGAACUACAUAAGGAUCUGAAGAUCGUCGACCACGGCAUCAAAGUGUACAAGGGCACCAAUCCGGAAGUGGAUUCGUACUCGGUCUUCUGGGACAACAAGAAGCUGUCCGACACCAGCCUCUGUAGUCAGCUGCGGAUGAAAGGCGCCUCCGAUAUCUACGUUUGUGGACUCGCGUACGAUGUGUGCGUUGGUGCCACAGCGAUUGAUGCUCUGUCAGCUGGUUAUAGAACGAUUCUGAUUGACGACUGCUGUCGGGGUGUUGACGUGAACGACAUCGAGAGCACAAAGGAAACAGUCAUAUCGAACAAUGGCGUUAUCAUCAACACCCGGGAGGUUAAAGCGAUGGUGGAAGGUCGAGACCGUAGGCCGGAGCUAGGCUACAAGCUGGCGAUGGAGCUAAAGAACGCCGACUCGGAUCUUUCGAAAAAUAAUGCUUGCCGUCGACAGCAGCAGCAGCAGCCACAACCGGAUAGGCCACAGUAAAAUUAUGACCUACUCCCCCUUCCCACGUUCCUUUCUGAGGCUUCCUUGUUCCACUUAUGCUCUUACUACGUACUAGUUUCGGAUGGUUAAUUUCUUUUCGUUUUUUCUGUUCGUUCGCUCGUCUUGCUCACUCUGACUGGACUGAUAUUCACCAUAGACGGUUAAUUUUAUGGUGUCUCCGGUGAUGUUUAUUGUGGAAUUUCAUUGCAGUAGGUUUCUUCAAUUCGAUUCCAACUUGUAGUUUGUGGAUAAGUAAAAAAUGCUUCACUAUAUUCUUGUAUCCACAUGAGAGUUACUUUAUACUUGAUAUACUAUAAUAGGCCGAAAAGUUUUGAAACUAUCGAGAAAAUAUAAAAACUUCUCAUGUUGAUUAAAUUUCUUGUGAUGCAACUUUUAUUAAUAGUGAAAAGUUCUUCCAAAUAAAAAAAUGAUGAUGAUGGUUAUGGUAAAGAAUGUGAUGAUGUUGAUCGAUGAAUUAUAUCUGAUGAUAUUUUUUGCUGAGUAAGGAAGAAUAUUAAUAAUAUCACCCUCAUUGACAAGUGAUAUGAUAACUAUCAAUGGGUACCUGCAUUAGGAAGCAGCUAUUUAGGGAGAGAAAAUUCUUGUUUUGUGUUCGAAUACUGAAAAGGCUACAAAUUUUCUCUGAGAGUAGGUUAUAUUUUCAAAAUAAAUCCAAAUUGCUAUAAUGUGAGUGAAUGUGUUGUUUUUAUACUUUGGAAGCAAAUUUCGUAAAAAAAUAUAUUCGAGAAGUAUAAAUGUGAGAAAUUUGUCUUUAAACAUUCAAAUACAGUCCACAUACAAAUUGCUCUUACUUAGCAGACAUCAAACCGUUUGUAAACUUUUCCAAAUUCUGUUUCAUUUACUGCUUGUUUGAAUUUCUUUUAUUCAAGGUUGUGUAAAUUUGGAAAUUACUCUAAAAAACUGUAUAAAUUCCUUAAGUUACAACUUUAGAAUAGAACGUAAAUUUAUUCUUGAUUGUAUCCAUUUGAGAAAAAAAAGGAUUACUGCAAAACACCACCAGAUUAUUCAUUUUUCUCCAGUGAGUAUUGAGCGAGUUUUAAUUCCAAUUUGUGACUAACUCUAGUAUUUCCAAUAACAUUCCCAAUGCCAUUAGUUUGGCCUAUAGCAGUUUUGAAGUACACACACAUAACACGUAGAAUGGUAAAAGUACAAUAAUCAAUUAAUUAAAUUUAAUUAAAUACAUGCUAAAAAUGGUGAGGGACAGAAUUACAGUAUAUAAGGGCUACAGACACCGAUAGCAUCCAUUAGACUGCAGACAGGGUACGAAGUAUUUAUCCCAGUACUUACAUCACAUUAGUUACAAUACACGUUGACAAAAUAGGCAACAUUUUUUUGCACUUAAGUACCUAAUUAGCUUGCGUUUUGCGAAAAUAAAAAAAACUCAAAGACAGGAAGCAACAAAAUGUGACGUUAGCUUUUAGUAGAUGCCACUAUUCAACUAGCAGUACAAUUUUCGAUCUCUUGGAGAAUGAAAACAAAAACAAACAAAAAAUAGAGUUGUUCGUGCUGCGGAAUUUCUCCCAGUGCAGUAGAAUAGGUGUAGAAUAACACUACCAGCGAUGAGAGAUAAAAGUUCGACACUAGCCCGUAGGUGAAGGCUAAACUGUUGAAUGUAACGAGAAAAAAAAACGGAAACCUAAAAACAGGAUAAAUGUCAUUGUAA